AUUUUCUUCAUGGUUGCGACUUGUGCCCUUAUAUCCCUGCCUUUCACUUGCAAAUCAGUUUAUCAAACAGACAGAUCUGAACACCGGUACCUAUUUUCUCUACGGCUAAAAUCAAAAGGAUGAGCGUGUCGUUUGGGAUCUUCAAGCCCCACAAUGGCUGCGACAUCGACGAUGUAAUUGUCCACAUGACUGCUGUGGCAGCUUCUUUACAAAACACCCGCAACAUUAACAUCGCAAUUUUCAGGUGCUUCGACUGUUCAUGGGCUGCUGUUUUUGCAGUAGGAAAGGAGGGUUCGCAAAUCAAUGACAGAACAUCCUUAAAUCUGCCUGAGGCAGCAGCGUUUAUCGAGAGAUUAAAGUGCGAGGUGAAAAUGGUGGACUCGGGUUACUUCACCCUCAAUUCCCAGCAGACAAGCGCAGGCGAGCUCUUUGCGCGGCUGUCAUUGGGCGAUAUCGUGAGCGUUCGCAGGAUACAGUGCAGCUCCAAGAGACAAGACAUGCUCUCUUACUCCUGUCUUGCCAUUCUCAAAUCCUAUUUUAACCGGCUAAAUGGCGUAAAUUCGUAUUCCUUCUAUGACUCGCUAGACGGGAAGCGGAUUAUCGGUUUGGGUGUGUGGGAUAACAUUCAAUCUGCAUUGUCUAUGGUGAAGUAUCCAGAAAACAACCCUGCGCUGCCGUACUGGAAAGAGGCUGGGGCAAAACAGCUAAAGUAUCACGUAUGCCAGGUUGUAUACGCGACAGAAACCUUUACAACGAAAACUUGCACACCUGGAUUUAAGAUAUAAUUUUUUCGUACACAUUUCCAGGAUAUUUGAUUGUAUCCAGGUGUAUUACAAUCUUUAUUGAAGGGAUUCGGUGCGUAAGACGCACGCAAGUUCCAUCCAAGGCCAAAGGCUUUGGAAGAUUCAUGCAAAUGUAAUAUCUUUAUUAACGAUUGGAUAGAACACCUUUUUCCUUUACCAAUAAUCCAACACCUGCGUUCUUGA